UACUUCAAUCGAUCAUGAGUUGGUCUUAUAUAAGCUAUACAAACGCUAUAAACACAGAAUAACUAUAAAUAAAAGCUUAUGACAAUGGUGGAUGGUGGUUUAAGCCUGUUUAAGUAUGUUAUGCUGUUUAAGGAUAUAAAUUAGAAUUUUAUUUUUAUUUAUGGUGAACGCGCCUGUAUGAUCCAUGAUCAGCUGAUGACAUAACAUCAAAUCUCUGCACCAAGUUUAUUUUAUUCUAACUUAUUUACAAGAAAAAUGAGUUCCACGCUUGUUAAAUUAUUUACUGUAUCUAGGACAGGUGCUAGAGCUAUUACGCCAGCUCUAAGCUUAGUCAAUCAGCGUUUCGCAGGCAGUGCUCCAAAAGAUGGAUACAUAUACGUCAAUAAUGUGGACCCAUCAAUGGAGCUUAGUGAUAUUACUGAUAGGGCUGCACAAACUUUAUUCGUCACUGAAAUAUUGAGAGGAUUCGGUGUGACUUUGGGUCAUAUUUUCAAAGAACCUGCAACGAUUAAUUACCCAUUCGAAAAGGGACCUCUUAGUCCACGUUUUAGAGGUGAACACGCUUUGAGACGUUAUCCUUCAGGAGAAGAGAGAUGCAUCGCAUGUAAAUUGUGUGAAGCCAUAUGUCCAGCUCAAGCCAUUACCAUUGAAGCUGAAGAGAGGGCUGACGGAUCGAGAAGAACUACUCGUUAUGAUAUUGACAUGACCAAGUGCAUUUACUGUGGUUUUUGUCAAGAGGCGUGCCCAGUUGAUGCCAUCGUUGAAGGACCGAAUUUCGAAUUUUCCACCGAAACUCACGAAGAAUUGCUGUACAAUAAAGAAAAACUUUUAAAUAAUGGGGACAAAUGGGAAUCAGAAAUAGCUUCCAACAUCCACGCGGAUCAUUUGUACCGUUGAGUGGAUAGUUUAAUAGAUAGUUUUUAUUGAUAUAGAUAAAUUAUAAUAAAUAACACAAUUGAA